CGUUUUCUUCCGUCAUUCUCAUUCGCUGCCUAGUUUUUCUUUUUGCAUUCGGUAUGUAGGCACCUUAGUAGGCUGUUUAAAUUUAUUCUCGUAAUGGCUGCCACGCUAAAUGUCUAGCUUAUUGGUUAUGUCAUGUAUAUAGAACUGAAGUCCGGACGUGCAAUUCGAAUUAUUCAACAAGUGUGUGGAACAAUGGUCGUGUGAAUGCUUCUUAGUAUCUAUCUCCCUGGAACGUUUCCUCUUUCAUGUUUCCUUUUUUGGCAAUUAAGUUAUGGACUCGGCGUUUGUGUACUGUAUGCAGUAAAAACACAAUCUAUGCCCCGUGAAAAGUGUAUGCAUGGACCAUAUUGAGUGAUAAGUGGUUUGCCCAGAGUCAAAAUGACGGAUAAUAGGUCUUCGUCAGCUUUAUUCAAAAGAGCGGAGCAGUUGAAAAGAUGGGAAGAGUCGGACACGAACAAGCAGUCCCCGACGCCGCGUCGGGCCUCAAGAAUUCAGUUUUCAUCUGGGAUAGUGUUUUUGGCGGCUUGUACGGCAGGCGACAAGGAUGAAGUGCAGAGACUGUUGAAAAGAGGCGCCGACAUCAACACUGCCAACGUUGACGGUCUCACUGCUCUCCAUCAGGCAUGCAUAGACGACAACUUGGACAUGGUGGAGUUUCUCGUGACGCACGGCGCUGACGUCAACCGCGGGGACAACGAAGGCUGGACUCCGCUGCAUGCCACCUCGUCUUGUGGAUUUCUCAGCAUAGCUAGGUACCUGUUAGAAAACGGUGCGGACGUUGCAGCAGUGAACUACGAUGGAGAACUGCCCGUGGACAUCGCAGAAAGCGACGAAAUGGCAGAGUUGCUGCAAAAGGUCAUCGAUGAGAAGGGCGUGGACUGCGACAAAUCCCGCAGUGCUGAGGUGGACACGCUGCUGAGUGACGCUCGCAAUUGGGCAGCUAACGGCUAUGUUGAGGUCAGGGACAUGAACGGAGGGACCCCACUCCAUGUGGCGGCAGCUAAAGGAUACAUCGAUGUGGCUACUACUCUGCUAGAGGAGUGCAGCGCUGACCCAGACUGUGUUGACUAUGAGGGUUGGACGCCACUCCACGCGGCUGCUCUCUGGGGACAGAAAGACGCAGCCGCGUUACUUCUCCAAUACGGAGCUGACCCACUCAUCAAGAACUAUUCAGGCCAAACCUGCAUGGAUCUUGUCGAUCCCACAAUGACGUCAUGGCUGGCUGACGCGAUGAAUGCGCAGCGUCGCAUGAACAACAACAAUAACAAACGCAAGCGCAGCCCGCCACAACACGACGCUAAGCGAGUCGACAUUGAGAUCAACUCGCAACCAGAGAAAGUCGUCAACGGUAAGACUACAGACAAGCCGCCAGCAUCGCCUGAAAUUGCUAAGACGGAGGGCAAGCCCCCUCGAGGCAGGCCGUCGUCACCAGAUACUACAGAAACAGAAUCGUCGCCGGAAGACGCACCUUCGUGGCGCAGAUCUGCUUCGUUCCGUAACAGGCAACCUGAACCGCCCAGGGAAAAUAGCAAGACGGUCAACAAUGCAGUUGAUAACGACACCAUACUGAGACGAACACACAGCUUUGAAAAUGACAAGAGCUUCUACCAGCGGUAUCGAGACGUGACCGCACGUAUAAAGGCGUCCUCCUGCCCAUCAAUACCGCCGGCGCAGCCACCAACGGAGAGGAAAAAACCUCAAGAGCACACUAACAAUGCUACAGAGAGUACUAACGACGAUGUACAAACAAGGAUAAACCCAUCGGACAGACGGGAAAGGGAAGUGAACACGUGGAGCGGCCCGACCACGACCACGCCCAGCGCUAGUCCGACCAACACUACCACCACAACGACAGUCAGAAGUUCCGCGGAGAGCGUAGAGUCGAACAGUACCAAUACGUCACCCAGCUCUGCUACGCCCACCAAAUUGUCGCCCGGCAACAUUUUCAAGAACUUUUUCAAGUCGUUUGUGCCCCCGGUUCGAGAUGAGGAGAGUGAAACUCAAAGAAAAGCGCACGCUAAAAGAGUGCGUGAAACGCGACGCUCCACGCAGGGCGUCACACUCGACGAGAUCAAGUCCGCAGAACAGCUUGUCAAAAAGAAAGCCGGUAAUGGGACCACAGAGAGCCCCUCACCGGGCAGCCCGAAGAAAGAUGACCCCACACCUACUCCCGCGCCAGCACCAACAGACAACGGCUCGGCGCGCUCGUCGACUCCGGCCGGCGACGUGGCGGUGUCGUUAGCUCUGGCGUGCGCGUCGGCGACGGCAACGGCCACCAUCGCUGCCAACAGCGAGCGCCGUCCCUCGUGGCGGCUCAGGCUCGACCCCACUAACAAGUGUGUAAAUUUUAAGAAGUUUUUUCGCUAUGACACAAAAUUUGAGCUCGAGGACGCUGGUCGGUCAUCGCCGCGACCAGCCACUACGGCGGCCGAGGCGACCGUCACGCUCCCGUACCGUCGCCCACCCACUGGUUCCAAUGCGAACACCACCACCUCCACACCUAAAGAUGACAACAGGACAGAACCGUCUGGCGAAGAAGACAAAGAGCGUGAGAGCAGUACAGAGAGCAAGUCAUCGAGCAACGCGUCGCCAGCGAGCACGCAGGCAGCGCUCAACGUGAUACAACGCCGGCGCAGGCCGAAGCGACGCUCCACGGGCGUGGGCCACGUCGACAUGGACGAUAUUGUGAAUGACCGCGGUGGAGGCGGCGAGGGCUGCGAUGCGGAUAACGAAGCGCCCGCGUCUGGCAGCGAACGCACUGAGGAGAGCGAGGACAAGGACUACAAGGCGCUGUACGAGGCGUCUCAGAGCGAAGUGCGUCGCUUGCGCGCCCUGCUCGCCACCUCCGAGCAACAGUUGCGCGAGGCUCGCGGGACUAUCACGAGGCUCACUCAAGUGAACCAAAAUUCAUUGUCUGAAAUCGAAAAACGAGAAAAGAGGGCCAUGGAGAGGAAAUUAUCAGAAAUGGAGGAAGAAUUAAAGCAAUUGCAAAAACUAAAAGCCGAGAACGAAAGGCUGAGGGCUGAGAAUCGUGCCCUUACGCGGGUCGUGAGCAAAUUGACCAACUCUGCCGCCAAAUAGUAUCAACAAACGCUCCAAGCUGAAAACCAGCGGCUGAAGGACGAGAACGGAGCCCUAAUCCGGGUGAUCAGCAAACUGUCCAAGUGAACGGCACCUCGCGUCUCUCCUACGAUCACAUAGUAUAGCACGCCAGGUUAUGAUCGGCAACAUGUCUCUGGCUGACGCGCUCUUUAGUCUGUUAUUUCAAAGGUUUAUCCAUAUGUAUUACGUGUUAUUUAUUCAAUGUUGAUAGGCACUUGAACUAAAAACUGUUAGUUAUCUUAUAUUUGGGAAUAUUUAACUGAACAACACCCAAGUAAUCCGAUACGAAUGUUUAUAGUCGAUCCGCCAAACUGUUUUGAUGCUAUCUAAACCUAUAUUUACGAAUUUAAGUUAUUUAAAAAUUGAUAUGAAAUGAUAUAAUAUUCAUUAUUCAUAUAGAAUAUACAGCCAGUAUAAAUUAUUAAUGAUCUUAUUGCCAUUUAAUUUAAUGUUAUUACUUAAUGAUUAAAACUGUUGGCAGACACUAAGUAUUUAUAAUAACGGAUUAUCGAGCUAUAGAAUCACAUACAGACAACAAUGACUGCAGUACAAAAUCUGUAUAUUAUGCUUUUAUGUUUUAUAGCAGUCCAUACUGUUUAUUUUGUCAUUCUGUAGUGUACUUUACAUUUAUAUAUGUAUUUGAAAUAUUAUUGUUCCUGAUGUUAAGUUUGUCUACCGUUCUAUUAUUGAGUAUAUUGACUUUGAGAUUCCACAAAAAUCGUUGUAUAAUCGUUGUUACUGUUUAAAAAUAAAAUCGUGAAGUUACAUUUUCAAAUAAUCAGUGGUAAUACAACCUCUAAGCAUAAAUAUUCAGACGUAAAUAUUAUUAGAGUAUUUUUUUAUAGAUCCGCGUCGUUCGCACAACGAAUUUGCUUUGAUAUACGGUGGCAACCGUUAUAUUUAGACUGAAAAUGAUGACAGUAUUGCCGGUACUAAAAACUUACACUCAUGUAUAACUUUUGUGAAUGAUUUCGUGUUUUUUGUCUUUUUGAGAGAAAAUAACUUAAAUUACCGAAGAUGAGGAAUUGUUUUAUAAAAAACAAUGUACAAGGACAUUGGUUGUAGUAAAUAUUAUUUAUAAAAGCCAUGAAAUAUGGUCAAGGCAAACAUUGUAGUUUUAAUAAUUAUACACAGUAACCAAUAUCACUGAACACAAGUUUAAAUCACGUCUAAAAUUAGUCUUCAUAAGACAUUCUUAUGAAACAACUCGUGACCGUGUGGUUUAGACAUAAAUCAGUUCCAUUUCUAUUAAAACAAGAAAUCACUCACUUUAAAAUACAUCUGUUCUAAUGAAUAUUUAUUGUUUAAGACUUUUUUUGACAUAAUAACGGAAAUUUCCCUAUCACACGAUUUGUUUCGUUAUUUACUGUUAUUUAUUUCCGUUUAGAUUUUAUUGAAUAAGGGUUGACAGAUUUGUGUGGAAAAUUAAUUGAAUACCUUCUAUUUGAAGUACUCGAGGAACCAAGCAAAGAAAUUUUACCAGUUGACUUGAAUGUAUGAUUUAAUAUUUAUAUAUGUACAAUGUACACAGUUUCGCCCAAGUCGUCAACCUGCAUUACUCCACAUUCAGAUUGCCUUAGUUUAAUUGUCGUGAUGUGUGUUGUGUUGAGUUUGUGACUAUAACGCACCUUUUCGAUUUUGUGUUGAGAAAGUAUUAUGUACUUAUCGAACGUCAAUAGUUAGUGACGUCACAGGGCCAUCAGUAUCAGGGCGCAUGGAUUGUGUUUUCGUGUAAUGUUUCUUUUUCAUAGCGUUUCUUAAAACGCUAAAGCUUUAUUGAUUUGUUUUACAUAAUGAUCGCGACCAAUCAUGGUAUACAAGUAAUUUUAAUAGAUGCAUGGAUUUUAUUUCAGUAGCAGCUAUCAAAAUGAGAUGUUAUGUAUAUUACCACGUUUCUCGAGGUGUAUUUCUUGUCGAUAACUUUUGACAUAUUCCUACAUAAGUGUAAAGUAGAUAAGUUUUACUACGAUUUUUUUUGUAGAGGGCCUGAUUCACCCGACUUAAAUGUUAUAUAAAGCUAUGUAUGUCGUUUAGAUAUUAUUUAAUAAUAUAUAUCUCAUCGAAAUAUACUUCUAAAUAGUUAAAAAUAAAUAAAUAUCUUCGCGACAUAUGUAUCUCGAAUUUCUAAUAUAUUAAUGUAUAGAUUUUUUUCUAGGCAAUAGUCUAUAGCCGAUUGGAUUGAUUUGUGAUAUAUCGAUUUUGUACGACAAUCAUAGAAACGUUUUUGUAUUAGCGAAAUAGACUGUUGAAUAUCUGUAAAGUAUGAAUUGAUCGGGGCCAUAAAGUGAAUGUUCUGCCUCUAAUGUAUGAGGCCUAGUCCCUUUAUGGACCAGAAACAUAUAAUUAUUUAAUGACUAGUGUACACCUUGUCAUUAAUGAGACUUUCUCAAAUACCCGGGUCUGAUAUAAUAACUUGCCACUGCAGGCCACGGACUCGAGCAGUAGCAUUGUAUAGCGGCCUAUGUAUGUUAUAAACAUUUAACUUUGUGUCAUUAUCGGGUCCAUGGGUCUCUAGAGGCAUAAAAAUGCUAGUCUAAAUUAACGGCGACGCGAGUCCCGCGUGUGAAGCGGUCCAGACGGCCACCUACAUAAAUCUUUGCCAUGUUCCCAGCACUUGUUUGUAAUGAGUUAGUACUGUUAACAGUUAUUAUAUUAUUGAGGCUUUCGCAUCCAGUCAAACAUGUCGGUUGUGCAGUUCACCUCCUAUUUGUUUGGCAACAAAUACGUAACUAAGUUUGAAAGACCUCGUGUAUUAAUGUAGCUGUUUAUUAUAUCUCAGUUUUUGCCGAGCUGUCAUAAAAUUAACGUUAAUUACUAUUAAUAAAAACGUUUAUGUAAGCUUGUUGAAAAUAAUGUCGUGAAUAUUGAGAAAUAUUUAAAUGGGACAUAAGAGUUUGUUAAAGUGGUAAAUGAUAUUCGUAAAUAUUAUAAUAUUCUGUAUAAAAUUUGUAAACCAACAUUUUCAUUUUAACUUAGUGCUCCUGAAAAUUUUUGUUCGUUCAAUAAAGUUUUUAUUUAUUUGAAGAGAAAGUUAAAAUAAACAGUUUAUCAUUUUA